AUGUCUUUCCCAGCCGCCGCCGCCGUUGGCUUUGCAGCUUGUGGUGCCCUCGUUGCUGCAGCCAUUACGCUGGCCAUCUGCCGCCUCCAACCAACCAAACGCGAGCCCAUCGACAACGAGGCACAGGAUGUCGUCCCCACCGAGCCACAGGCCAUCGUCCCCACCCAGCCACAGGUCGUCGUCCCCCUUAUAUUGGGACACCCGGGCAUCCGCUACAUUUCGCGCAGUAUGAACGAACCCGGCCCAUUGCUCACAACUCUGGCCAAAAACUUGAAAAACGGAGUCCGAUCGAUGGUUGCAAACUGCUGCAUGAGGGCUAACGAAUAUAAACCGGUCGACAUCUCCCUAUCUCCCAUUAUUGCUGCGGCAGGCGACGGCGAGGAUUGGGAGGAGCUACUCAACCAUCCGAUCGGACGUUAUUGGGGACUGCAGGCCCUGGUGAUGCGUGUCAUCGCUCGCUGGAUGGACCCCGAAAGCGACCCGGACCACACCCUGAUCCCACCCGACCUCCUCCGACUCUACCAAACCAGCAUCGCCAAGCCUGUGAAGGAUCCGAAGCUUCAGGCCGCCCUGGCCGCUUGGCCCAAAAUCACCUACAACUUUAUGUCCGAGGCGGGGGAGACCAUGAUGCGCCGGUCGGGCGCGGACGAUGCGCGGCCGGGCGGGAAGCGGAACUCUGCGAUCGCGUCGCCAUGAGCAAAGCAGGGCAGGGCAAGGUUCGCGGCGGCCAUGGUGACCUCGCGGAGGCAAUAGGGGCCAUGCGGGGAACGUGUGUUCCCGAGCGCCCUCCUCCUGAACUCCUCAUCAAUCCCCUUCUCGCGGCACAAUUCGUCCAAAUCCUCCACCCCUGGGCCGAAAGGCUCGAGCAGCUGAGCGAGCAGCUCCUCGAGCUUGAGUACAUUGGGGAGCCUUCCGUAAACGGUGUGGUUGUCUGUGCUGCUGGUCUGCCUGGGGACAGGUAGGCCCCUGGUCAACAGUAAAGCUGUCGGACGCCGACCGGUCAUAGGCCUAUCACGCUUCCC